AUGCCCAGUGGAGCAUUAUAUAUAAGGACGCCCAGUGGAGCAUUAGAUAAACAGAUGCCCGGUGGAGCAUUAGAUAAACAGAUGCCCAGUGGAGCAUUAGAUAAACAGAUGCCCAGUGGAGCAUUAGAUAAACAGAUGCUUAGUGGAGCAUUAGAUAAACGGAUGCCCAGUGGAGCAUUAGAUAAACGGAUGCCCAGUGGAGCAUUAGAUAAACGGAUGCCCAGUGGAGCAUUAGAUAAACAGAUACCCAGUGGAGCAUUAGAUAAACGGAUGCCCAGUGGAGCAUUAGAUAAACAGAUGCCCAGUGGAGCAUUAGAUAAACGGAUACCCAGUGGAGCAUUAGAUAAACAGAUGCCCAGUGGAGCAUUAGAUAAACGGAUGCCAAGAGGAGCAUUAGAUAAACGGAUACCCAGCGGAGCAUUAGAUAAACAGAUGCCCAGUGGAGCAUUAGAUAAACGGACGCCCAGUGGAGCAUUAGAUAAACCGAUGCCCAGUGGAGCAUUAGAUAAACAGAUGCCCAGUGGAGCAUUAGAUAAACCGAUGCCCUGUGGAGCAUUAGAUAAACCGAUGCCCUGUGGAGCAUUAGAUAAACGGACGCCCAGUGGAGCAUUAUAUAACGGACGCCCAGUGGAGCAUUAG